AUGGUAUUCAAUUCUCGCGCGGGCAGGCAGCAAGCUAUACUCAACGAGGCGCGAGACCGCCUUGCGUCUCGCAUUCCGCCCCCAGCUGCCGCCUCUCAGUACGAAGACUCAUCAGCCCGCGCGCCGCCGGCCCACAAGUCCAACGCGGCAUUGGUUGCGGUGCUCUUUGAAAUGAGCAUGGAGGCCGAACACCGACUGCUCGCGAGGACGAGCAACCGCGAAGGACCAUCCAAGAGCCCACGCAGUACGACUCGGACGGAGAUUGAGAGAGGCAGAGGGGAGAGUCGAGUCGCAGAGACUCCGGUGAGCCGGUCUAUCCCUCUACCUUCUCCCUCUGCUCCUCUACACAUGCAUUACGUGCCCCCGUCCUCGUCCAACGCAUCCACAGCCUCUCAGACUCGCGCCUACUCGCUCGCACGUCCGACAGCACCCUUCACGCGUGGUCGCCUCGCCUCGCCGAUCACUCCAAGCCCGGCUACACCUCCUGGCCAUGUCCCUACAUCCGCGUCUAAGCUCUCACAGCACGCCCACUCGACCUCUAGCGGUACCACUCACACGGAGGGCCUGCAAGAUGGGUACCGGGUAGUGCGGAACGUCCACGCACCCGGUAGCCUCUCCGUCAUCUACGCCUCGACGCUUGAGGUCGAGCAAGCCCGUGGUAGCAAAGCCAUCACGCCGACGCGUACGCCAGGGCACCGACACGAAGCCCAAUCCUUGGCGCGGACAACCGAUGCACAACGCGUCCCUGAGCCGGCGUCGCCAACUCAACACCGCACCAAGUCCGCCUCGAGCUACACGCCCUCGUCCGCACCAUCUUCCGGUAGCCAGCCGUCUUCCUCGUCACUCGACCAUCUUGCGACCUACAAAGUCCUGCUCGUGGACGACCCACUGGACAAGUACCAGGCCGUGUGGAACCUUGUCGAGCCGGCCGUAUCAAUGCGCUACGAAGUGCGCACAGAGGUCGCCCAACCGUUCGCCCAGGCGAAUAGUCACGAGCGGUCGAAUGGAGGACAGCAGAGCUCGAACAGAGAGGUCGGCCGAGGGGAAGGACGAGUCACAGAGACUCCGACAGGCGGGUCUGCACCUCUCGGUCCGCCUGCGCUAGCGGGACUCGACCUCGCGGUCUCUUCGUCUCUCAACUCGCCCACGCCUCCCUCGCUCUCCUCGCGCCUCAACCAUUUGACGGCCCUUGGAAUCACUAGCGCAGACGGCCUGCAGGGCGAAGACCAGAUCAUGUGGAAUGUCCGCGCGUCCGGUAACGACCUCACAGCCUCGGAUGGCUCACCCUCAUCCGGGGAGACCACGCAUCCAUCCACUCGACGCUCGCAUCGGACGCAGGAGCCCCUAUCGCGCACGUGCACGUCCCUUGACUACCCGAACCUUGACCGUUCAGUUGUCCACGAGAUGUCUCGCCCGGGCGACCUCCAGGAUGAGUACUGGGCCGUGUGGAACAUCUGCUCGCCCAGUACCGACGCCUCCACCUCGGGCGCAGAUGUCUACACAACCGCGAGCGCCGAAAAUCAAGUCGCUGGCUCGCCGUCUGGCUGCAAGUCCGCCGAGCAAACAACACCAGGGCGAAUCGAGGCGUGCGCAGAGGCCGCGCAACCACUCGCUAGGAGUACUAGCCAUGAAUACUGGAGUGGGGGGCAGCCGAGCAUGAGCUCGCCAAGCAGGAAGGACAACCAAAGAGAGGGACGAGUCGAGUCGACCCCGGUGAGUUCCACCGUCAACCCGCACCCCUCUCUCCCUUCCUCUCCUCUCAUCUCUCGUGCCGCGUCCUCCGACUCGUUUGAUGCACCCGCCUCCUCGCUCCACCUUCCGUGCGAAGAGGAUUUCUCGUCCAUCGCAAAGUCAAGUCGACCCAAAGGGUCGAGUGGGGGGCUACAGGACACGAGAAAGCGAGGCGAAGUGAACUCACCGUCCGUCUUCUCCCAUCCACGCCCCUCGUCUCUACUCUCGCCUGUUACGCCAUCACCAUUCAUCCCUCUUCGUCUAACCUCCACCGAUCCAACGUCGCCCGACUUGCGCAGAAGCCACUCGACGACUUUCAAGAUCCUCGGCGUGGACGACCCGCUGAGCGAGUACCAGGCCGUGUGGACUCCCCGAGCGCCUGGUACAGCUACCAGCUCGACGCACGAAACCGAGCAAGUCGCUCCGACGCGCGCGCUAAGGCCCGAGGACACCUCGUCAGUUGCUCAAGUAGACAACGCGUCGCCAACCUGCAAGGCCGCCUCGCAAGACGAGACGACCCUGACCGAUCGCGCCGAUGACCUGCAAGGGGAAUACCGGGCUGAGUGGAACGUCUGCGCGCCCGGUAAUCGAGUCCCCACCCUCGUCCGAGUCGCCUCAACGCACGAAGCCGGUCAACAGCCCGCCCGGCCACCGCGCGACGCCGAGUCCAGCGAGUCGACGCAGAGGCUCACGCUGUCCGGAGAAGCCCCGGCAAGCGCAAAGGUGAGCCAACACGGACUCGCAAGCGGGGGGCCACCAAGCACAGCAGGUACGGAUGCAGACAGAGGGGGCAGGGGUAUCGAGGACACUCGAUCUCCGUCCUCGUCCGACGUGCCUGCGUCCCCACCUGCAUUUCCGCCGCCUCCUCCGUCAUACUCAUGCAACGAGCUUGCGCCUUCGGGGCACGCUCGUCUGCCCUUGUCUUCCCCACACUCGUGUCCUACACUCGCGCCUGCUCCCGACGCGUCCACGUCCCCGCUUGGCAAAUACUGGGCCGCGUGGACUCUCUGCGCGCCUGGUAGCAACUCCACGGUCGUCGUUCCAUCGCUCGAGGUCAAGCCUGUCGCGCCAACUCAUACAUCAAGGCCCCGUGCCAUAUCAGCACAAGUAGCAAAGAGCGUACGCCUAAGGAGCUGGCGGAUGCGAGUCGGCAGGGCAGGGAUAACGGCCAAGAAGAGAGGCGAGGAGUAG